AUGACAGCGAAUACCCGCAAUACUCGGAUGGCGUUCAAUGAAUUUUACGAGUCUGCAGCAUGGGGAGAAUCAGAGCCUGAAACACAAGAUAUCGUUAAGGAUGCGAUUAGGAAGGAACAAGUUUUGCAGGAAAUCGCAGCAGCGCAGGACGAUUUGAAAGCGCUGCUUGGGAGAGUGCACAACGUUCAGACAGACGUUGACAAACUCACGUCGGAGAACGCAACACUACAGGUGUACAUCGACAAUCUGACCAUGCAAAUGGCGAAACGGAAAUAAGGGUCGACACUUCGCACUCGACCGGGCCGCUUGGUUGCGUCUCAGUCCGCUGGUUGAAACCAAGGUAUGUAGAUGCUACCGCGCACGAUAAGUCCUGGCCUGCUGCACCAACUAACUGGAAGGGAUAGGUUGUUUUGCAUUCGUCUGCU